CAUUAGUUAUCAUUUAUUCCGUAGUGUUGAUCCAUGCAUUUUGUUUUUUUUUAAAACCUUGUUUAAUUUAAGUUGGUGAUAGUCUCUUCUGAUUUUUACACAGUAAAUUACGUUUAUAUUAUUAAUUUUCGAGAAAAAAAGAACAAUGACAAGUGGCGACAAAUCUAUUAGUGAAAUACAACAGUUUUUUAAAGGAACGAACGUUUUUAUAACUGGUGCAACUGGAUUCAUAGGACAUGUUUUAGUCGAAAAAAUUCUUAGAACAUGUUUAGUAAACAAGGUGUACCUUCUAAUCAGGUCGAAGAAAAACAAAGACCCACAGACUAGAUUACGUGAAAUGUUUAGCUCCACGCUAUUUAUGCGAUUGUGGGAAGAGCAACCAGACUUCAUCGAAAAGGUAUUGCUUAUCACUGGCGAUUGUGUGGAACCGAAUCUAGGUUUAUCGGCUGCUGACGAAGAAUUCAUGGUCGCCAACAUGGAUAUUGUUAUUCAUUGUGCCGCCACUAUUAAUCUUAACGGUCCACUUAAGCACACGAGUUUCAUCAAUGUUAGGUCUACCAAAGAUUUACUGUUGAUCGCUCGGCGUAUGCACAGACUUAAAUCAUUUGUGUAUGUGUCCACUGCAUUUUCGAACCCAAAUCAACCGAUUAUUGAAGAGAAAAUUUACAAUUGUCACAUACAAGGGGACGCUUUGAUCAACAUGGUCGAAAAUAUGUCGGAUUCACUCAUUAAUUCGAUAACGCCCGAAUGUUUAGGGUCGUGGCCGGACACGUAUACGUUAUCGAAAUGCGUUGCAGAAAAUCUCGUUAAACAAUAUGGUCAAAAUAUGCCGAUAUGUAUCACCAGACCGUGCAUUGUGUUGUUUACAGACAAAGAACCGAUAAGUGGAUGGGCAAAUACAAUGAAAAGUGUAACUGGGCUGUCUAUAGGUUUGGGAUUAGGAGCUAUACACUUGUUGGCAGCGGAUCCAAAAGUUAAAGCAGUAUUGAUGCCAGCUGAUUACGUAGCGAAUAUGAUUAUUACUGCAGCUCAUCAUGCGUCUAAGACACGUUCAAAAUCUAUAAUUCCAGUAUUCAAUCACGUUUCAAAUAAUAUGGCACCACCAUUAACAUAUGGCUUAUGUACAAAGUAUCUUUUAGAUAAUUUGUUUGAAUAUAAAUUAUUCUCGGAAAAAGAGUUAUGGAAACCAAAUGUGAUUUUAACAAAAUCAAAAGUAUUAUUUACUAUACUUUUUUUUAUAUACCAUUAUUUACCAGCCUUUAUCAUCGAUUGUUGUCUUUGGAUUGCGGGGAAAAAAAUGAGAGCAAUAAAAAUAUACAAAAAAGUUGAAGUAAUGAUGAAUGAAAUGAGAUAUUUUGGUACUGUUGAUUUUAAAUUUGAUGACAGCCAUUUUAAAGCUCUCAUAUCAUCACAAAGUGAUAAAGACAAACAAUUAUUUUACUUGGAUAUGACAAAUAUGAAUUGGAAUAGAUAUUUCUUAAGCUCAAUUUACGGAAUCAAAAAAUAUAUCUUGAAAGAUUCUGAAGAUCUAACAAUCGGCCAAAAGCGACAUAAAAAAGUUAUGAUGGCUUAUUAUAUGUUAUCUACAAUUAUUUACGGUUGUCUUUUAUAUCUACUUUAUUUAUUAUUUAAAAUGGUAUUUCUUGUAAAUUAAUAUGAUUCUAAAACAUUAUAGUUUGUACUCGUAAGUGGCAUGGCACCUGUAGCUAUUGGAGAAGUUUUUCUUCAAGUGGACUGUAUGACAAUAAAAUAUUGACGGCAAUCAAAUGACUAAUGAUAUAUUUAUUUAUUUAUUUUAUUAACGUUAUAUUUGUUGUACAGUGCACACGUUACAAUAUGAUUAUGAUUUUAUAAGUCAUUCUAUAUCUUUGUAUAAUUUUGUAUCAAUGAUAAUUUUCUCAAUGAUUAUCGCAUUUUCUCUAAGAAAAUACAAAAUAACUCUCAAUUAGUUUAUAAUAUUUGUUUCUAAAUUUAUCUAUUUAUAAUUUAAUAACUUAUAUUCUUUAUUUGUCUAUUUAUUUUCCUGCCCUUCUAAUAUCUAGAGACAUUCAAAGUAUUAUUCGAAUGUUCUCCUUUAAAUAUUGUAAUACGAUGGAAAAGUAAAUCGGUAAAAAUGGAAAUGUAUGAUUUUUUGAGGAAAAAAUAAAUCUACCAAUUCAUGAUUUCGAGAAACAGGAAAAUGUACUUAUACUUUUGAUGGAAACAAGUAAUUCCUUUUUUUUUAUUCAUUAUUAUUCUACCUUUUGUAAAUAUUGGUUUAUAUUCUAUAUGUAUAUCUUUAAUUGUACCAAUAAUCAGUCAUUUUUUCU